UCGUCAAGAGAGAGAGGGAUCGGUGGGAAGAGGAAGAAGCUAAGUGAAAUCGGGAAAAAAUGGGUGCCAUCACGAGCGCGGUGAUAGCAGUGGCGGCGGUGCUUCUUGGAUGGGCCACCAUCGAGAUCGCAUGCAAGCCAUGCCUCGAAAUGGGUCGCGAAGCCAUCGAUCGUAAUCUGAACCCCGAUUACGAUCCCGACGACGAUAACCGUGCAAUUCGUGCACCUCUUAAUCCCUCCUCCGCUGCCGACACGGAUGAAUCCUCCUCCUCUGCACCUUCCACCGCCGUCAAAUCCGUUUGAGCUGCCACACUCAUGAUCAUCACCCUCCGCCUGAUUGGUAUCGUCGUUCACUUCCUUCUGUAACUCAAAUCAGCGCUUUUUGUUUUGGAAGAAGAACAGAGAGAGGAAAAAGGAUAUUUUUCCCUUUAUAUGUAGGGUUGAGUGUGGGGAUGUUAGUUUGAUUAAAUGUAAUUUCAAUGUUAGUGAAUAAUGAAGCGUUUGAGAUUCGUCUACUUGAUUUUACUGUACUGAAAUGGAGAUGGCGAUGCUGUGAAUUGUUAUAGCAAAGUUUAAAAAUGAAUGUUUGAUAUUAGUAGCUUCGUUUA